GCAUUUACCAGCAUUUAGUCGCAUUUACCGGUAUUUAGUCUUUCUCCUGCUCACUGUCACUCGCCUUCUCCGCAUUCGCGAGGGUUGUCCGUUUCCCGUUUUCCCUCUUAUUAUUAAUAAUCUCUCGAGGUUAAGGCGACCUAUCUACGUACUUGACAUUUCCAACUACUGUUACAGCACAAAGUAUAAUUUAUCGUUAUCCCCCACAUUAUCACAUAUAUACUUUUUCCCUCUGUCUCUCUGUCCCUCUUUCCUCGCCUCCCACUCUUCCCUCAAUCCCGCCACCAGCCAGACCCUUCCUCUUGCUCACAAAGGAACCGAAAAAUCCGGAAAAAAAUCUUGAAAAUUCCUUCCACAUCAGACAUCCAAGCCGCAGAGUGUUCGAACAGUCGAUCCAACAGCAUCCGAACUACACACAUCGUACAGUUUCAGCGCACGGAGAUCCAUUCUGCCGACAUCCCAUCCACGCUAAUCCCUUUCAAGCCUGACUAUCACCAUCUCCCAAACAGCUCCAAGCCAAGAAGAGGGUUUCACUUCAACUUAGUAGGAGUGAGUGGGAAAUGCUCCCUCGAUAAAACUACAAAGUAUUUCGUCCUCUUAAACUAAUGGAUAUGUGAAAUCGCUUUGGGAGAGAUUGCUAUUUGUUGACCAUUUUCCGUGGAUUUUUGUCCUGUCCUGUUCUCUAUUCUCUCUUCCCUUCCUCAACUCCAUCAUCUCAAUCAUGCUUCUUUCAGAUAAGGGAGGGAAUAUGGCGAAAUGCCUUGCGACCCUCCUACUCUUCGUCGCUUUGGUCGCUGGCCAAACUUCCACCGCUUCCUUCGCGCCCUCGAAUGAUACCUUGCCAUCUAACAUGACGAACCCGGAUAUUGAAUUGAGUUUGACGUCUGGAACCAAUGCUCUCUUGGUCAGGAAUACGUACAAUAUUGCCCCACUCACUGCUCAGGCGGGGAUAGGACAAAGUGAGACUGCUGUAAAUCAAAUCAACAUCAACGGAACGAUUAUCCAUGCAGAUGCGUCAAAUGCGAGUAAUCUAUCCAUCGACGAUAUAGUAUAUAUGAGUUGUGAUCCAAAUGAAAGCUCCAACAUCGAUUCAACACAGGCUAUUAUCAUGGCAGGAAAUGCGCAGCCAAAGGCCAUACUAUUAUUUAGCAUAUACUCCCAGGAGUGCAGUGUUAGCGGCGAUUAUACUUAUGGCUCACUUUAUACAAUGGUGUCUGCCUCCGACUCAAUGGCUUUACUUGUUACGUUGGAUAAUUAUACUAACGGCUCGUCAUUGGUCGCAAGAUUCGUACCUAACGAAAGCUCGUCAGAUACCGGCUCGCAAACUAGUAAUAAUGGAGGGCCGCCACCAACUACAGCUGUUGCCAUGAGCAUUCUAUACAGUAUCACUGGAAUUAUCACCUUGCUGUUCUUGAUAAUUAUAGCCACGGGAGCCAUUCGCGCUCACAGACACCCGGAAAGAUACGGGCCACGGAACGCCCCAGGGAGACCAAGGCAAAGUCGAGCAAAGGGUCUUGCACGAGCCAUGUUGGAAACUCUACCUAUUGUGAAAUUUGGGGAUCCAGAACCGGGGAAACCAGGGAGUGACGAUAUUGAAUUGGAGAACGGCAGUGUUCAUCAUGCUCCUGUUACUUCUACAACAGAUGCCACGACCAGUGACACAUCAACAGUUCCGGUUACUGCGGCAGCAAACUCCGAGAAGGGCUUGGGUGCACACCCUGAGUCCGGAGGCAACGAAGCGUCGACAGCCACAAAAGAGGGCGAGCUUUUACAAUGUUCGAUUUGUACAGAAGACUUCGCUACGGGCGAAGACGUUCGAGUGCUUCCAUGCCAUCACAAAUAUCAUCCCGCUUGCAUAGAUCCUUGGCUACUGAACGUUUCAGGAACCUGUCCAUUAUGUCGUCAUGAUCUCCGACCCACAGCAACCCAUGCCCAAUCUGCAGAUGACGAACUUGCACCUCCACUCGAUGCACGUGAGGGAGAAACAGCUAGUCAACACACAGCUGGUACUUCUGAAAACGGAGAGACCAGCUCUCGCAGUCGUGUUUCUCGUCUCAUGCAUCUUCGCAAUGCCCCCCCUGAAGAGAGUAUUGCUACCCUUCGCGAAUAUGCACGUGAGCAAUCCCAGCAAGAAGUCGCCGUGCCAAAUCAAGAUGGAGUCGAAGAACAAGGCAGAAGAGCUAGCCUCGCAGGUCGACUACGAACCACUCUCCGAAUAAGAACACGGGCACAAGCAUCCACUGAGCCUGAAACAACAACAGCAACAACAACAACAACAACAUGAUAUGAUCACUAAUUCAUAGUAUUUUUUAGCGAUUCGCGUAACGAACGACUUUUUAUAUUUAUAUCUUAUGACCUUAAAUAGUGGCUCUCCAAAUCCGACGUUUUACUACA